AUGCCAUCUCUAAACCUAACCCCCCUCACCUCCCUCCGCCUAUCAACCCACUACAUCCCCACCCACUCCCUAAUCCCCAACACAACCCCCCACAACCGCCCCCUCUACAUCUACCACUCCGCCUUCCCGCCCUCAACCCCACCCUCAACCCUCGAAUCCCACCUCCUUGCCAACAACCUCACCCCCCAGUGGCGCUACACAAUGUACACCACAACGCACUACCACAGCACCACCCACGAAGUCCUCUGCAUCUACUCGGGCCGCGCUCUCCUCCUCUUCGGCGGCGAAUCCAACCCAGGGCGGGUAGAAACAGAGGUGAAAGCUGGGGACGCGGUGGUUGUGCCGGCGGGGGUGGGGCAUAGGUUGGUGGUGGAUAAGGAGGGUGGGUUUAUGAUGGUGGGGAGUUAUCCCGAGGGGUGUGGGUGGGAUAUGUGUUAUGGGAAGGAGGGGGAGGAGGGGAUGGCGGAGAAGGUGAAGGGCGUGGGGUGGUUGGAGAGGGAUCCGUUGUAUGGGGUGGGAGGGCCUGUGACGUGGGGGAGAGAGAGGUUGGAGAGGUUUUGUAAGGGGGAGAGGAGUGAGUUGUGA